UUUAGGGAGUUGUACCAAAUCCCAAGUCUGAUUCUUGUGGAGAGAUUUCAUCUCUUCAUCCAUUGCCUCUUUCCAUUUUGCACUUUCUACACUCUGUACUGUUUCUUUGUAGGUGUAGGGGAUUCCAUCAUCAAUCACCGGAAGUGCAUAAGCCACCAUAUUACAAUACCGAGCAGGUUUCUUGAUAACCCUUUUUGGUUUACUCGUUGCAAUGGAUUCUUGUUGUGUGGUUGCUGGAGUUGUUGCAUCCUCUUCAUCUGAACUUUCAUCUGAAUCUCCUUCAGUAGAGAUUGUCUGAACAGUCUUUAUAGGGAUGACUGAAGUCUCCAACUCCACCUGUUGUGCAUCACCAGACUGUUUUUCCUUCUCCUGUGAUUUCUCUUGCUGUAACAUGCCAGACUCAUCAAAAGUGACAUCUCUACUCAAGAUCACUUUCUUUGAUUCAGAACACCAGAGUCUGAAGCCUUUUACUCCUCCACUAAAGCCCAAAAAUAUAGCUUUCUUAGCUCUAGGAUCUAAUUUGGACUCAGUAACAUGAUAAUAUGCUGAGCAACCAAAUAUACGCAUAGAGUCAUAAUCAUUUGCAGGAGAGCCUGACCAUACCUCUAAAGGAGUUCUUCCAUUUAAUGCUGCUGAAGGUAACCGGUUAACAAUAUGACGAGCAUAGCUUAAUGCCUCACCCCAGAACACUUUGCUUAGUCCUGAAUGUGAUAGCAUACAUCGGACUUUCUCCACCAAUGUGCGGUUCAUGCGUUCUGCUACUCCAUUCUGUUGUGGUGUUUUGCGAACAGUAAAAUGUCGCUUGAUCCCUUCAUUCUGACAAACUUCAAAGAAAGGAUCUGAAGUGUACUCACCACCAUUAUCUGACCGAAGAGUCUUAACCCUCCUUCCAGUUUGAGUCUCCACUAUUUUCUUCCAUUUCAGAAAGAUAUCAAGGACCUCAUCCUUGUGUUUCAUCAUGUACACCCAUACUCGUCUUGAAAAAUCAUCAAUAAAAGUAACAAACCAACGAUUACCUCCAAGAGAUUCAUUCUUUGAAGGUCCCCAUACGUCUGUGUGAACAUAAUCUAGGAUCCCUUUUGUGUUGUGUACUGCAGUGCCAAACUUGACCCUUGUCUGUUUUCCAAGAACACAAUGCUCACAGAACCCAUGCUUCCCAGUCUUGGCGCCUUUUAAUAGACCUUGCUUGACUAAUCCUUGCAAAGCCUUUUCACCAGCAUGCCCUAAGCGCAUGUGCCAAAGUCUGGAAUUAUCUGCUUCAUCAUCUUCUAUACUUUUGGAAACAGCUGCUGUACCAGUAACUGUAGAUCCAUCCAGGAAAUAUAAGUUUCCUAUCCUUGUGCCUCUUAAGACAACUAAUGCACCACGGAUUGCUCUCAAGAAAUGGGGAGGAUCAUGGGUAUAUAAGGAUGGACAAAUAUCUCCAUUGGUAUGAGGCCUUUUGGGUAUAACCCAAGAGCAAAUCCAUGAGGGCUUAGGCCCAAAGUGAACAAUAUCAUACCAAUGUGGAGAUAGGUGGUGUCCAUAAUCCUUACAAGUGGUAUCAGAGCCAGGCCCCGGAGUUAGCCAUGAUGGAUGAAUCCUCGGAAUGCCGAACAAAAAGGUGGUGGGCCCCCAAUCACGAUGUAAUCCAUGGAUCAGCUCUAUUGGAUAGGCGGUGUGCUCCAGAUGCUUCAUGAACGUGUCCUGAUCCCAACACGGUGAAGAGGAGUUGACCUAGAAAGAGCAAAAACUCUCAAGUCAGGUAGUGCUCUCCGGAUGCUUCAUGGACGUGUUCUGACCCCAACACGGUGAAGUAGAGAAUGAAGAAUCCUGGUUGGUAGAGAGUGGACGGAUGAAUGAUCGGUUUGAGGGGAGGCUCGGUGGUCCUUUGUUCGAGGGGAGGAUUGUUGGGUAUACGACCAAAGUCCCACAUUGGCUAGAAAUGGGGAGGAUCAUGGGUAUAUAAGGAUGGAUAAAUAUCUCCAUUGGUAUGAGGCCUUUUGGGUAUAACCCAAGAGCAAAUCCAUGAGGGCUUAGGCCCAAAGUGGACAAUAUCAUACCAAUGUGGAGAUAGGUGGUGUCCAUAAUCCUUACAGAAAUGUCAAAGACUAGCACAUGUAUUCACAAGCAGCAUGAUUGCUAGUCUAGUUCAACUGAAAGUUCUAGAUAUAUCAACCUGUGAGGAAUUGGAGCAAAUAAUUGCUAAGGAUAAUGACGAUGAAAAUCUUCAGAUAUUGUCAAGAAGUGAUCUCCAAUCUUCAUGCUUCCCUAAUUUGUGUCGGCUUGAAAUCGAAAGAUGCAACAAGUUGAAGAGUCUCUUCCCAGUAGCCAUGGCUUCAGGUCUCCCAAAGCUCCAAAUACUAAAAGUAAGCCAAUGCUCUCAGCUAUUGGGAGUAUUUGGGCAGGACGAUCAUGCUUCACCUUUCAAUGCUGAGAAGGAGAUGGUGCUCCCUGAUAUGCUGGAGCUGUUGCUAGAAAAUUUACCAAGUAUAGUUUGCUUCAGUCCUGGAUGUUAUGAUUUCUUAUUCCCUCGUCUGAAGACGUUGAAGGUGUAUGAAUGCCCGAAGCUGACCACAAAAUUUUCUACUACAACAAAUGGUUCAAUGAGUGUUCAAUCAGAGGUAUCUCAAGUAGUUGAGGAUUCAAGCACCGGUUGCUACGUGCUAACCAGCACUUGUAGAAUGUGGACCCGGAAUAAUGGGUGGUGGGAAGAGGAAAAAGAGGAAGAGGAAUGGGAAGAGGAAGAGGAAGAGGAAGAGGAAGAGGAAUGGGAGGAGGAGGAGGAAGAGGAGGAAGAAGAGGAAGAGGAAGAGGAAUGGGAGGAGGAGGAGGAGGAAGGGGAAGAGGAAGAGGAAAAGGAUGAGGAUGGAGGUGGUCAUGAGGAUUAAGUCAAAUGAUAAGUUUGGCAUUGGAAUUUGAAAAACAUGCUCAAAAUUAAUUCUUGCAGGCAAGGUUGGUUACCUAUUACAUGUUCACCUCGACAUAAGGUGAUUUCUCGGAGAUUUAUGUCUUUGAGCUGUGGUGCUGUGAAUGUUUUUUAAUUUGUGGAAUUGAUUUCAACUGUUUCAUUGGCAAUGGCAUACAAUUUGGCUUUGUAUUGUAAUUUUAUAGAACUCCCAAAAGAACAAUAAUGACUUAUCUAUCUAUGUGUUUGCUGUGUGAACUUCCAGAAAUAACGGAAUCUCCAGAAAUAAGGGCGUAUGCUUGCUUGCCCAUGUCA